AUGGGUAACAAGAAGCGGGACUCCUUCGACCUUCACGACGACAAUGCUUCAGAGGUCGGUUCCGAGUUUCGACCUGCCGGGGUCGAGGCCGAAGUCUUCUCCCAGCCCAUCGGCUUCAUACCCAAGUUCCCUGCGCCGCCACGAUAUAUCAAGGUCAAGGCCCAAUAUAGGAAACAGAAGGACUUUGACAGGUUGUUCCUUGCCCAAAUACUCUUGGGCGCUCCGCCGUCCAAAGGUCGCAAGCCCGAGAUCGACUCGAAGAUCCACAGCAUCAACGAUACUCCCGGCGAGGUUGCUCCCCCCCCUCCCAGGAACUCGGCGAACAAUGCGAUAUGGGCCAUGGAAUUCUCAAAAGAUGGAAGAUAUCUCGCUGCUGCCGGGCAGGAUAAAAAGUUGAGAGUGUGGGAGGUCAUAUCAUCCAUAGAAGAUCGAGAAAUGGAAGAGAAACUUGCAGAGGCCGACAACGAUGGGGAGAAGGUCAAACUCAACGCACCGGUCUUCAAGAGUAAACUGGUUCGCGAAUAUGAUGGCCACACUUCGAGUAUCCUGGACCUCAGCUGGAGCAAGAACAAUUUUCUGCUGUCUUCUUCCAUGGAUAAGACCGUAAGGCUGUACCACGUUAGCCGGGCGGAGUGUCUGUGCGCGUUCAAACACAACGACUUCGUCACCUCGAUCCAAUUUCAUCCCCGGGACGACCGAUUCUUCUUGGCGGGCUCUCUGGAUUCAAAGAUACGUUUGUGGAGCAUACCGGACAAGAACGUUGCAUACUGGGCACACGUUUCCGACAUGGUCACUGCCGUCGCAUUUACGCCGGAUGGAAGGACCGCCAUCGCUGGUUGCUUAAAUGGUUUGUGCAUCCUCUACGACACCGAAGGUCUCAAAGCGCACUCGCAAAUUCAUGUCCGGUCAGCGCGAGGCAAAAACGCCAAAGGGAGCAAAAUCACGGGAAUUGAUACGAUCUCGUUGCCUCGAGAAGGCAGUCAGCCGGACGUGAAACUCUUGAUUACCAGCAACGACUCAAGGGUGCGAAUGUACAACUUAAAGGAUAGGACCCUUGAGGUCAAGUUCCGCGGCAACGAGAACUCCUGCAGCCAAAUACAUGCCUCGUUCAGUGAUGAUGGGAAAUAUGUAAUCUGCGGGAGCGAGGACCGCAAGGUGUACAUAUGGCCAACGUCUGUCAAUGAACGGCCGGAGAACGAUAAGCGGCCGAUGGAAGUGUUUGAGGCUCACUCGGCCAUAGUCACUACCGCCAUUAUGGCACCUGAAACGACGAGACGCCUACUGGCGCAAUCGGGAGAUCCUCUGUACGACAUCUGCAACCCGCCGCCAGUGACACUGGUCAGUCGUGCAGACUCUGUCAUUUCCUCUCGCGCACCCACAAACAAUAGCAAUCACUCGGAUGAAAAACACAUCAGGGAUGAAACGAGGCUGUCGGAAUCUCCACGUCGUGCUCCCGAAACACCCGCAUAUUUAUCUCGUCAUUCGCAUCCGGGCGGUCAGAUAAUUGUCACGGCGGACUACACGGGACAAAUCAAGGUCUUCCGGCAAGACUGUGCUUUCCAGAAACGCCGACACGAGUCGUGGGACUCCAGCUCGAAUUUCUCCAGGAAAAUGCUUGGUCGGAGCGGAUCUGUGGCGACUCGCAAUUCUGUGAACUCGUCCACCCAACGGAGCUCAUUUGUUAUGAAUCCUAAGACCCAGUCAACCGAUCGCAUUUUGAGCUGGAGGAACUCUGUGAGUGCCAACGAUACCGCCAACAACAAUGCGUCGACAAGUUUGCUGGAGAUCCGUGGUCAACUGGCCAACAACGAGCGGUCCCGUAGCGCAUCGCCUAGGAAGAUCCUGGGCCAUCGUCUUUCACUCCACAGAUCAACAACUCCACGGAAAGACACUCUCACUUCCCCAACAUCCCCCGAAUAUCAUUCACCUUUACAACAGAUCCAGAACGGUCCGUCGAUCACGGUUCAGUCGCCUCUCGCCGAAUCACCCGCCAGUUUCCAUUCAGCCAAGCAGAAAACUCCGGAUCAGGAGUUACUGUCGCCGCAGGUAUCGCUGAAGCCUUUGCCCUCAAACCCCACACCAGGUGAUCUCCCACACAGCCCCAACGAUCCGCUUUUCUUGAUGGACCAGCAAUCAUACAUGGCGUGGGAUUUGAAGACCACAUUAUUACCCAUGGCCAGCCAUAUGCCCCGCACGCCUGGUCUGUUAGGGCCGGAUGGCAACCCUCUUUCUCGCGCUCCAAGCUACAUAAGCCAGUUGUCCAGUGAGCUCACUGGUUCCGAACGUGAUCCCAGUCCUGGUGGUAGUAUGGGUGACGAUGAGCGUAGAGCUUCGGCCGCAGAGAACAAGAACCGCAAAACCCGAUCCCGGAGGCGGAGCAGUGUGGCAAGCGAGAGCGAUUUGAAAUGCAAAACGUGUGGAGGCACAACGUUCAAAGCGACCAUGACGGACAAAGGCCAAAGUUUCAGGUGUAAAAAAUGUGGAACUGCUGUUUGA